AUGUCUUCAUUAUCGCCAUUCAAACCAUUACUCUUGCUACUGCCUCUACCGGGACUUCUCUCUCUUACCCCACCUCCACCUCCACCUCCACCUCCUGUUCCACCCGGUUUACCUCCUCCACCAGCCUCAAGGAUGUAUGGUCUUGAAUUAUCAGUAGAUCAAAUUAUAGGCAUCUUAAGAGCUAUGAAAGAUAGUACAGAAGUUCAUUCUCAUAAUGGGCAGUCUAAUGAUGAGACUCAAAUGACGUGGUGGAGAGGAAUCAUCUUCAAUUUAAUUGAAAGAGCCAUUCAAGAUGUAAGUGUCUCAAGAAUACCUACAUUUGAUGUGGCUCAUUCAUCUGGUUACUCUUCUGCAAUUUUUGAUUUAUCUGAUAACCUUUCAGAUGAAGAUCAUCGACAAUUAGACUUGGAAGAAGUCGGAAAGAUUAUGCAUGAACAUCGUUGUAAUUUUGAUCAAGCAAGAUUAAUAAGACAUAAUUGA